CCCGCACGCCGCCGUCGCGGAGCCACUGCACAUGUGCAGAUAGCACCUGCUAUGUGCGUAGUGUGAUUGGGUUUGGCGGAUCGAGUGGAGCUGCUGCAGCCCUAACGCGGCGCGGAUCAAUGUCCGACUACGGCGGACCGGCCUCGCCGCGGACGGGGAAGCACCCCUUCUACCGCGGCAUCCGGAGCCGCAGCAGCAAGUGGGUGUCGGAGAUCCGGGAGCCGAGGAAGACGCGCCGCAUCUGGCUCGGCACCUUCCCGACGGCCGAGAUGGCCGCCGUGGCCUACGACGUGGCCGCGCGCGCGCUGCGCGGGCCCGACACGGCGCUCAACUUCCCGGACCUGGCCGCGUCGCGCCCCGCGCCCGCAUCCACCUCCUCGGACGACAUCCGCGCCGCCGCCGCGGAGGCCGCCGCGGCACUGCAGGAGCCCGAUCGCCGUCCGGCCCGCGGCAUUGCUCCCGCGGCGGCCGGUGGAGGCGCGCAGCAGCAGCAGACGGCCGGCGGGAGCAGCAGCGCGGCGGCGCAGCAAGAAGGCGGCGGCAGCAGCGCGGGGACCCAGUACUACCUGGAUGACGAGGCGCUCUUCGAGACACCGCAGUACCUGCGCAACAUGGCCGCCGGGAUGAUGAUGAGCCCCCCGAGGCUCGGCCGCAACUCCUCCGACGACUCGCCCGACCCGUCGGAGGCCGGGGACAGCCUCUGGAGCUACCGUGAUCCGUAGAUCGAUGCCGAUAAUGGCGAAUUGGCGAUGAUUGUAAUAAUGGAUGCGGUGGAACUAAUAAGGUCUACUACUACGGCUGCUGCUGCCGCCUGUAGCUACUACUCUACUGGCUACCGGCAGUGGGGCACUGCAAAUCUUCCUGCAGUUGCUU